UCCCUGUAGAAAAAGGAAGACAACAUUUCAAUUGGCAGAUCUUCACUGAGAAACUGUGCUCUCAAGAACCAGUGCUUGAAGAGCCCAACAAGGCUCUUACCACGUGAGUUGGGCUUGUUUCUCAUUAGAAAGGAAACCAGUAUUGAUGCUGCUUCCAGUGUUGUGCCAAAGAAAUCUCUUUUCCUUGUUGCUUAUAGUACAAUCUACAGUGCCAAAGGACUGCCUCAGCUGUCUGCUUCAGGCCUCUAGAAAAGAUCCCAAUCCAGAUUUAUGGGUACAGAGAUUAAGGGAUUUACUACUGGCGGGGAUGGAAGAGAGGAGCUUUUUGACUCCUAUCUUGCUGUCCAGUACAUGCCAACAACAACUGAAAUGUUUAUGCCAGAAAAUUAUGACCCAUAGUAGCAGCAAUGCUAAUUUAGAAAGAAAAUUAAACUGGUUUGUUAAACUGGAAAGGUCUUGCUUGGUGCCAGCUGGAAAUAAUUUUCAGUCUGGAUCGCAGAUUAGGAAAAAAAGAAAAGCAUCUGAAGAAUCUCUGAAUCUUGAAGAGGAGAAUCAGAGGAAGAGGUCCCAACUGGAAAUUAAGUUGGAUACAGAAAUUUCUCAACCACAGUCUGAACUGCAGGAUGUUGGAACAGAAGGCACAGAAAAAGAACUGGACACUUUUGGAAAUGAAGAUGUUCACUGCCUAAGUAGCGUCAAUCAGGUUUUUUUCAAAGAAGAUGAAGUAGAAAAGAGAAUUGUCAGCCAGAGUUCUGAGCAUGACACUGUAACAGAGGUUCCUGAUCAUAUGAAAAACCAUAUAUCAAAACUUAAAGAAUUGCUAGAAAUGCAGUUUGAUUGUUCUAAUGGAACUGCCCCUCCCGAGCUACAGAUUCUGAAUGAGUGUACUCCAGGUCAGCUAGAAGAUUUAUGUUCACUGCUCAAACUUUCAGAAUGCCCAGAGAAUGAGCUUCUGCAGUUCUGCUGCUGGAUAGUAGCACUUUCACCUGAACUUGGCUACAAGAAGGCAGCAAUACUUACUGAAAAGCUUUUCUUAUCUCGGAUUCUUUCGCUGACUGAGACAGCUUCCUGGCCUCUCACAACUGCCCUAAUGAUGUUCUGCUCCAAAUAUCCUCGUCCAGUCUGUUGCGCCUUACUUUCUUCUAUUGUGCAAGUUCCAGGGCAAGGACUUGAGCAAUUGAGAUUGGUAUGCAAGCUAAUUGAGGAGUGUUUGGAACCAGAAUGUAUGAGGCUGGUGUUCAGUCAUAUUAUAAAAGUGCCAUGGACAGAAGACCUUCUCACAGUUGUGCAUUCUUUGCUGGAAAAACAGGUAGAAUUGUCUAGUGAGCUCUUCAAUGUGUUGGUCCUUAAUCUUUGUCAGAUGGCUCAAACAUUUGAAAGUUCAGUACAUUACGCAAAGCUGAUCCUGACUCUGUUGACCAAAUAUCAAAAUGAUAUCGCAUUGGGCCACCAGCGCUAUUUAUCAGGUGCACUGGACUUUAACAAAACCAUCUUGAAGAAAUCUCUUCAGGCUGCAUUAAAGAGAGUGACUUCCAAGUGAAAAAUGUAAGAAGGCUUUCUUUCUCCUGGAGUGGCUAUGAAAUCAAAUAUGCCUUAAGACUUUGGGACAAUUCUGCUUCUUUCUUUUGAUCAAUUUGCUCAAUGCAACUCACUAACUUCAAAUUUAAGUAUGUACAAGAUUCAAAAUAGAUAUGUGCAUUGCCUUGGAUUGGUAUAAGUUAGAUAUAAGGUAAGAUAUGCAGCCUAUACAUUUUGUAAAUAAAUAAGUAAAAUUUGCUAUGCACAUUUUUUCAUUUUUAAUCAACAUAUACACAGUGAAUACCUCAGGUUGUCAUUCCACUGCUGGGGCUAGUGAUCUGUCUGCCUCAUGGGUGACUCUAAGGAAACACCUUGAUUUCCCUUAAGGAGAAGCUAAUAGUGUUGAAAGAGUAAGAAAGGGGUAGAUAUUGUAUGGUGCAUAAAAGAAAAAGCUAAGGAACACAAGAGUUUCAAACUGUCUGCAACUGAGUUCUUUUUGUUCACUCAACAUUCCCUUUAUUCCCACAAAUGUUUAAGUUUCAUUAUAUAUCACUCUUAUACUUAACAGUCAAUCUUAAAUUCCAUAUUCACAUAAAACCUCUAU